CACUCGUUUGAAUGUGUGUAUUGUUGAAGAUUCUCCUAAAAUGCUUGGCAUAUUGGAAUUCUCCGUAUGUACUUUCUUUGCACGCGCUCACCAAAUGAUGUCAAUUCACGUUCAUUUAACGUAGCGGCAGCCAGCAAAAUAGCUAUCACCCGCCGGCAGUUCUACGGUUGAGCUCGACGCGUCAGCAAGUAUACGGUGUAGACCUCUGAAUAUUUAAUUGAGUGCGAAAAUCUAAAAAGAAAAUAGGAAAUUGCGCACGCGGUUCACAGUGCAAGAGAAGGCAACAUAAGACUAGAAAAAUUAAGUUAACUAGAAAAAUAUUUGGUUUAAUUAAAGGUUUACAAAUUUAAUACAAAGGCAAAAUGUCCAACGCGCCCACGCAGCAAUCAACAAUAGGCACGAAUGCGGUGUCGCCAGCGACCGCUGCGCUGGUGCAACAACACCAACAAGCAUCACCGAAAGAGAUUCCCGCGCUGAAACGCGCCGCCUUGCAAGUGAUGGCUGGCGGAUCGGCUGGUUUUGUGGAGGUUUGCAUUAUGCAGCCACUGGAUGUGGUGAAGACGCGCAUGCAAUUGCAGAAUACGACAAAAGCGAUCGGAGAGACCCACUACAAUGGCGUUUUCGACUGCUUUGCCAAAAUGUACCGUCAAGAAGGUCUUUUCUCUUUCUGGAAGGGUAUACUGCCGCCUGUUAUAGCCGAGACACCGAAGCGCGCCAUUAAAUUUGUCUGUUUCGAACAAACGAAGCCGCUAUUCCUCUUUGGAGCGCCAGCGCCUACACCACUGACAUUCUCGCUUGCUGGUCUUACAGCCGGUCUUAUUGAAGCUAUUGCCGUCAAUCCCUUCGAGGUGGUUAAAGUGGCUCAACAAGCCGAUCGCACGAAAAUGAAGGAGGCUGCCAGUACUUGGACGGUGGCGCGUCGCAUCGUACAAACGGAUGGUCUAGGCUUUCGUGGCCUCAACAAAGGCGUUACCGCGACAAUGGGCCGCAACGGUGUCUUCAACAUGGUCUAUUUCGGCUUCUACCACAGCGUCAGGAAUUAUGUGCCCGCCUUCGAGGAUAGCACGCACGAAUUCUUCCGCAAAGUGCUGAUCGGCUUCACAUCCGGCACGCUGGCUUGCUUCGUAAACAUACCAUUCGAUGUGGCGAAAUCGCGCAUACAGGGUCCCCAGCCACAAGCGGGCGGCAUCAAGUACAAGGGCACUUUCCGUUCUAUUGGCAUUGUGUACAGAGAGGAGGGCUUCCGUGCGCUCUACAAGGGACUCGUGCCGAAGGUGAUGCGCUUGGGUCCCGGUGGUGCCAUCAUGCUUUUGGUCUUCGAGUAUGCUUACGAAUUUCUACAGGCCAACUUGUAAUGAGUAGACUCAAUAAGUAUUUGUGAAAACAUUUGUAAUUACUGCCCACAAAUAAUACACACAUACAUACAAAUGUGAUUUUUAUAUUAAUUAUUCGAUAAAAUGUUUAAUUUUUAUUUUUAUGCCAUACAUACAUACAAACCUAAGAAAUGUAAUAAAAAGUAAUGUUUUUAUUUUUGGUAAA